GCAGUCGAUGUAUCGAAGCAAACCAAGCAAAAGAAAAUUCCAGAAUUGAUCCAUAGAGCAAUGGCGGCUCAAGCUCAAACUGUAGUCCCCACUGACGCGGAGCUCGUGCAGGCGCAGGCUGACCUGUGGCGCCACAGCCUAUACUACCUGACGUCAAUGGCACUGAAGUGUGCCGUCGAGCUUAACAUCCCCACAGCGAUCCACCGCCUCGGUGGGGCUGCAACACCCACUGACCUGAUCUCUGCACUCUCUCUCCCAGCUGCUAAGCUGCCGUUCCUUCGUCGUCUGCUGCGGCUCUUGGCCGCCUCAGGCGUGUUCAGUGUCGACAGGAGCGCAGAGGAGGGGAAAUACUGCAUCAACCCCGUGUCCUACCUCUUGGUGGAUGGCAUCCCUGACGAGGUGCACAUCAACCACACGUCCUUCGUGCUCACGGCCACCUCGACACGCUACGUCGAUGCGGCCAUGGGCCUGGCUGACUGGUUCAAGAAGGAUGUGGUGACACCACCAUUCGAGGAGCUGCAUGGAGCAACUUUGUUCCACGAGAGUAUGGAGAGCCUCGACGCCGAUUUCCACAAGAUGGCGAAUGAAGCAUUGGAAGCCCACGACAACUUUGGGAUCCCGAUUGCGCUGCGGGAGUUCCGUGAUUUGUUCAACGGGAUUCAGUCGGUGACUUACUGCUGCACUGGCUCUGGUGAUGAUGCAGCUGCCAGGGCCAUUGUCAAGGCCUUCCCACACAUAAAGUGCACGGUGCUGGUCGAUCCCAAGAUGAUGAUUGGCACCAAGUCAUCUGAUGAUGGUCUCAUAAGCUAUGUUGCAGGUGACAUGCUCAACUUCAUCCCACCGGCUCAAACUGUGGUGCUAAAGUUUGUGCUGCAUUUUCUGACCGACGAGGAUUGUGCGAAAAUCCUAGCCCAAUGCCGAAAGGCAAUUCCUUCACGAAAGGAUGGUGGAAAAGUUAUCAUUGCUGAUAUUGUAAUUGACUAUAAUUCUCCUGGGCCAAUGUUGGAAGCUCAACUGUUAGUGGACAUUGGCUUUAUGACGAUGACUAAAGGACGGCAACGCGACGAAAAUGAAUGGCGUCAGAUUUUCAAGAAUGCAGGGUUCACUGACUAUAAGCUUCUAAAGAAAUUUGGAGCUCGAAGUGUCUUUGAGGUCUAUCCAUAAGGUUGCACCGGGGCUUGGCAUGCUGAUGUACUAGUUAAAUAAAGCUCCCAGACAAUGCAGCUGAGCCGACAGUCUUGCAUGCUUCCUUAUGAUCCGUGUAGAACUUUUAUUUGGAAAAGUAUCAGUGCAUCUGAUGAAAACAGCAAACUAAUAUUUCCAAAACAGGUGGCGUCAUUGGAUAGUUUGUACUAUGUACCUUUUUUAAUUUAUGAGCAAUGUUAUCAUAAUAUAUCGUGGCAGUAUGUUGCUUGCAAUAUAUGUACGCUCAAGACCAUAAUGAAAAUGUGCAUGUUGCCUUGCCA